AUGGCAGAUUUGACGCAAAAAUGGAAGUUUGGCCUCGCGUUAAUGAUAUUUCUUUCAAAUUCGGCACGUGGAGAUGUGAGUUAUUCUGUUCCAGAGGAGAUGAAACGUGGAUCUGUUAUUGGAAAUAUCGCUAAGGACCUUGGCAUUAAUGUUUCUACACGCAGAGCUCGCAUUAACUCAGAGGACAACGGCGUCCAGUACUGCAGCGUGAACCUCAACACGGGAGAGCUGGUUGUUCAGGAGAGGAUUGACAGAGAGGGCCUUUGUGCGAAGAAGACUUCAUGUAUUCUGAAACAGGAGUUUGUGCUGGAAAACCCUUUGGAAUUACAUCCUUUCAUUUUGCGCGUUCAAGACAUUAAUGAUAACGCGCCGAAGUUUAAGGAGGAGACGCUUAAAUUUGAAAUUCGAGAAUCAGCUGUUAAGGGCGCACGAUUUGCUGUUGGUGAAGCGCACGACGAGGACAUAGGAGAAAACGCAGUACAGGGCUACACCCUUCAGCAGAACGAUCACUUUAAAUUAAAUGUUAAAACAAAUUCCGGAGGACGAAAAUACUGUGAGUUAGUGCUGGAUAAAGAAUUAGACAGAGAAAAUAGCAACGAGCUCCUGCUUGUUCUGACUGCGUUUGAUGGCGGCUCUCCUCAGAGAUCAGGCACAGUAGUCAUCCAUGUCACUGUUCUUGACGCUAAUGAUAAUGCGCCAGUGUUUAGUCAGACUGUGUAUAAAGCGAGUCUUCCAGAAAACUCUCCUCCAGACACACUGGUUAUUACAGUGACUGCUACAGAUGCUGAUGAAGGAAUACAUAGUGAGAUUACGUACGAGUUUGACCAUGUUUCAAGUAAAGAUGUGUUUUCAAUACAUCCUAAGGCAGGAGAAGUAAGAGUCACGGGGAAAAUUGAUUAUGAAAAAAUGGCAUCAUAUGAAAUGCAAAUAAGUGCCAAAGAUGGUUUAGGCUUGGCAUCCUAUGCCACUUUAUUGAUAGGAGUUACUGACGUGAACGAUAAUGCCCCGGUUAUUUACCUACAAUCACUGACCAAUCAGAUUCCAGAGAAUGUGUCACCUGGUACAGAGGUGGGCAUCAUUAAUGUGCAGGACAGAGACUCAGAGAACAACAGACAGGUCCGCUGCUCCCUUCAGACUGGGGUCCCUUUCAAGUUAGUACCUUCCAUUAAAAACUAUUAUUCUCUAGUGACCACAGAACAGCUGGACCGUGAGCUAGUGUCUGAUUACAACAUUACAAUCACUGCCACUGACGAGGGCUCUCCUCCUCUGUCCUCCUCUAAAACUGUCCACUUAACUGUAGCUGACAUCAAUGACAACCCUCCUGUGUUUGAGGAGCAGUCCUACAGCGCACAUGUGACUGAAAACAACAAACCUGGCUCCACUUUAUGUUCUGUUGCUGCUCGAGACCCAGACUGGAGACAAAACGGGACAGUAGUUUAUUCUCUUUUACCUGGUGAGGUGAAUGGGGCCCCAGUGUCCUCCUAUGUAUCUGUUAAUGGAGACACAGGGGUGAUCCAUGCUGUGAGGGCUUUUGAUUAUGAACAGUUCAGGAGUUUUAAAGUCCAUGUGAUGGCCAGAGACAAUGGCUCUCCUCCACUCAGCAGCAACAUGACAGUCAAUGUGUUUAUAUCUGACGUGAACGACAACUCUCCUCAAAUACUGUACCCCACCCCAGAGGGGAACUCCUUCAUGACUGAACUGGUCCCUAAAGCUGCACAUGCAGGCUCCCUGGUGUCCAAAGUGAUAGCAGUGGACGCAGACUCUGGACAGAACGCCUGGCUGUCCUAUCACAUAGUCAAAUCCACUGAUUCUGGACUUUUUACUAUCGGUCUCCACAGUGGAGAGAUCCGGAGCCAGCGGGACGUCUCUGAAUCUGACAGCAUGAAACAGAACCUUAUUGUGUCAGUGAAGGAUAACGGACAGCCUCCUCUGUCUGCCACCUGCUCCAUGUAUUUACUGAUCUCUGAUAACUUGGCUGAAGUGCCUGAACUCAAGGACAUUUCUUAUGAUGAGAGGGACUCAAAGCUGACAUCCUAUCUGAUCAUUGCACUGGUGUCAGUGUCCACAUUUUUCCUCACCUUCAUUAUUAUUGUCCUGGGUGUGAGGUUCUGUCGCAGGAGGAAGCCCAGACUGUUGUUUGAUGGAGCAGUUGCAAUCCCCAGUGGUUAUCUGCCUCCUAAUUAUGCAGAUGUUGACGGCACAGGAACUUUACGCAGCACUUACAACUAUGAUGGAUACAUGACGACUGGAUCCAGGACAAGUGACUUUAAGUUUGUGUCAUCCUACAAUGACAACACGCUGCCUGCAGAUCAGACACUGAGAAAAAGCCCCACUGACUUUUCUGACGUCUUUGGAGAUGGUGAUAUCUCUCCUGAGGUAGGACGCGACUUUCUGGGGACUUUACUGUUACUUCCCUUCGCCUUUCCUCUGGUCAAAGGAGACGUGAGUUACUCUGUUUCAGAGGAGAUGAAACGUGGAUCCGUGAUCGGAAAUAUCGCUAAGGAUAUAGGUCUGGAUUUGGGCAGGUUGUCCGCGCGCAGGGCGCGCGUGGACUCUGAGGACAACGGCGUCCAGUACUGCAGCGUGAACCUCAACACGGGAGAGCUGGUUGUUCAGGAGAGGAUUGACAGAGAGGGCCUUUGUGCGAAGAAGACUUCAUGUAUUCUGAAACAGGAGCUCGUGCUGGAAAACCCUUUGGAGCUGCAUCGCUUUACUAUCCGCGUGCAAGACAUAAAUGACAACGCACCACAAUUUAAAGCCAAUACAAUGAAAUUUGAAAUCCGUGAAUCAACUGAGAAAGACACACGAUACCCAUUAGAUGAAGCAUACGACGGAGACAUUGGGGAGAAUAGUGUUCAGGGCUACACCCUGCAGGAAAACAAACACUUUACAUUAGACGUAAAAACAAAGAGCAAUGGCCGAAAAUAUAGUGAACUAGUUUUGGACAAAAAAUUAGACAGAGAAGAAAAUAACGACGUCACGCUUGUGCUGACUGCGUUUGAUGGCGGCUCUCCUCAGAGAUCAGGCACAGUAGUCAUCCAUGUCACUGUUCUUGACGCUAAUGAUAAUGCGCCAGUGUUUAGUCAGACUGUGUAUAAAGCGAGUCUUCCAGAAAACUCUCCUCCAGACACACUGGUUAUUACAGUGACUGCUACUGAUGCAGAUGAGGGAGUAAACGGUGAAAUAAUGUAUGAAUUUGACCACCCCUCGGAUGACAACCAAAUAUUUACUUUAAAUCCCUCCACUGGGGAGGUCAGAGUUGCUCAGUCUAUAGAUUAUGAAAAAGAAUCAUCAUAUGAAAUUCAAAUUAGCGCUAAAGAUGGACUUGGACUGGCAACCUAUGCAAUGUUGUUUAUUGAAAUUGUAGACGUAAAUGACAAUGCCCCUGUUAUAUUUCUAAAAUCACUGACCAAUCAGAUUCCUGAGAAUGUGUCUCCUGGUACAGAGGUGGGCAUCAUUAAUGUGCAGGACAGAGACUCAGAGAACAACAGACAGGUCCGCUGCUCCCUUCAGACUGGGGUCCCUUUCAAGUUAGUACCUUCCAUUAAAAACUAUUAUUCUCUAGUGACCACAGAACAGCUGGACCGUGAGCUAGUGUCUGAUUACAACAUUACAAUCACUGCCACUGACGAGGGCUCUCCUCCUCUGUCCUCCUCUAAAACUGUCCACUUAACUGUAGCUGACAUCAAUGACAACCCUCCUGUGUUUGAGGAGCAGUCCUACAGCGCACAUGUGACUGAAAACAACAAACCUGGCUCCACUUUAUGUUCUGUUGCUGCUCGAGACCCAGACUGGAGACAAAACGGGACAGUGGUUUAUUCUCUGUUACCUGGUGAGGUGAAUGGGGCCCCAGUGUCCUCCUAUGUAUCUGUUAAUGGAGACACAGGGGUGAUCCAUGCUGUGAGGGCUUUUGAUUAUGAACAGUUCAGGAGUUUUAAAGUCCAUGUAAUGGCCAGAGACAAUGGCUCUCCUCCACUCAGCAGCAACGUGACAGUCAAUGUGUUUAUAUCUGACGUGAACGACAACUCUCCUCAAAUACUGUACCCCACCCCGGAGGGGAACUCCUUCAUGACUGAACUGGUCCCUAAAGCUGCACAUGCAGGCUCUCUGGUGUCCAAAGUGAUAGCAGUGGACGCAGACUCUGGACAGAACGCCUGGCUGUCCUAUCACAUAGUCAAAUCCACUGAUCCUGGACUUUUUACUAUCGGUCUCCACAGUGGAGAGAUCCGGAGCCAGCGGGACGUCUCUGAAUCUGACAGCAUGAAACAGAACCUUAUUGUGUCAGUGAAGGAUAAUGGACAGCCUCCUCUGUCUGCCACCUGCUCCAUGUAUUUACUGAUCUCUGAUAACUUGGCUGAAGUGCCUGAACUCAAGGACAUUUCUUAUGAUGAGAGGGACUCAAAGCUGACAUCCUAUCUGAUCAUUGCACUGGUGUCAGUGUCCACAUUUUUCCUCACCUUCAUUAUUAUUGUCCUGGGUGUGAGGUUCUGUCGCAGGAGGAAGCCCAGACUGUUGUUUGAUGGAGCAGUUGCAAUCCCCAGUGGUUAUCUGCCUCCUAAUUAUGCAGAUGUUGACGGCACAGGAACUUUACGCAGCACUUACAACUAUGAUGGAUACAUGACGACUGGAUCCAGGACAAGUGACUUUAAGUUUGUGUCGUCCUACAAUGACAACACGCUGCCUGCAGAUCAGACACUGAGAAAAAGCCCCACUGACUUUUCUGACGUCUUUGGAGAUGGUGAUGUCUCUCCUGAGGUAGGAACAUAG